AUGUUACGUCUCCGGUAUACACUGCGCCGUAUUGUGCAACAAAAGUGUGCUAAAAAUGUAGAAUAUGUGAAUGGGAAAAGUGUUCGUGCUGUUAGCACUGCCGUCGGACGUUACAAUCAAUCUACAACAAAAGCUACUAGCUUUGAUUCAACUACAUAUGAGGAUGCCGUUGAUCAAAGUCGACGAACUGGAACAGGUGUUAAGAUGGCACCAGAUACGGGAAAAUUACGUUCUCGCCAGCCAUUAGUGAAGAACUUUUUCGUUGGUGUAGUUGACAAAGAAAUGCUUGGUUUUCCAGAAGUUGUGCAACGUGAAGAAAUGGUUCGUAUUGAAAAUGAAAAAUUGCCGCUUACUAAUUUCUUCGCAGAUAAUGUAAAUAAUGCUAUAAUUGAUCGCACACGUCAAAUUCCGACUGAAGUAGUCGAUGCGGUGCGACAGUUGGGCUUAUACGGUAUUAAUGUGCCGCAAGAUUUCGAAGGUAAAGGCUUAGGCUGGACGGCAAGUUUAAUGCUUACAGAACCCGAAUCGAAUUCCGCUAAUGUUGCACUUGGUUUGUUAUCCCACCGCGUCAUUAUUGAUUUGCUAAAAGAAGUGGGUAGUAGCGAACAACAACAAAGGUUUUUGCCGCAACUCGUAAAUGGUUCCCAAGUUGGUGUUGAAGCGAUAUUCGAAUAUGAUAUUGCGGAAAAUGAUCUAUUUAAUACUACAGCCGUUUAUGAGCCCGAAGCCAAGGAAUGGGUUUUAAGUGGCAGUAAAGCUUAUGCAGUAACUGGCCCAUUUGCAACCAGCGAUGCCACACCACUUUUCCUAGUUAUCGCCCAAACCCGUCGAUUAAGUGUGAAAGGUGAUGCUGCGCGCAGUACAACAAUAUUUUUAGUAGAUGGUAAUACGCCAGGUGUCAAGUUGGGCGAGCAGCAUUUGACCAUUGGUUGUAGAGGUUUGCAAAUAAGUCGCGUUGAGUUUGAACAAGUGCGUCUACCGGAAAGUUGUGUGGUGGGCAUAGCAAAUGAAGGAAAUUCUGUUGCAGAGGUAUUACUACGUAGUGGCCGGUUACGUAACGCUCUAUUGGGGUUGGGCAUAGCUAAGCAGUUGGUUAAUAACAUGACCAUGUACUGCAUUGAAAACCAGCAGUGCAAUGUGCCGCUGAAGGAUAUGGAAAUUUUGCAAAUGCACUUGUCGAAGGCAUCUUGCGCCACAUAUGCCAUUGAAAGCAUGAUUUAUAUGACUGCUGGCAUACUGGAUGAAUUCGCCUCGCCCGAUGUGGCAAUAGAAGCCGCUAUUACCAAGUAUUACAGUCUCACGCAACUACGCAACAUCGCGGGUAAAUGCAUGGAUAUUAUUGGCCCAAAAUCGCUACUUUCUGGUCUAGAAACCGAAGUUCUAUUCCGUGACGCAGCACAGCUAUACACCCAAGGUGAAUCAAUGGAUACGAUGCGUUUAUAUAUUGCACUCACCGGUCUACAACACGCAGGCGGCCUACUCUCUGACACAGUCCGGAUGCAACGCAAUCCCCUCUUCCAUCCCGGCCACAUACUCAGCAAAUUUCUACAAAGCUCGAACAUAGAUAAUCCAAAAACUAAAAUGCGUUUAAAUGAAAAUGUGCACCCAUCGUUAGAGCCCGCUGCGCAAUGUGUUGAACACUCGGUGGCACGUCUGCAGAUGUGCGUGGAACUGUUGCUAACGCGUUAUGGUAGCGCAGUGGUAGAGAAGCAUCAUGAUAUGCAGCGUUUGACAGAUAUUGCUGCCACAAUAUAUGCAAUGUUUGCAAGCUUAGCACGUGCCUCACGUUCUUACUGCAUAGGCUUGCAGUUGGCCGACUAUGAAUUGGUAUUGGCUUCCGCCGUGUGUACGCAUGGACGCGAUAAGGUGCAAAAGCUGUGCAAUGAACUUUUCAAUGGGCAAUAUGUAAAUAACGAUAGCAAUUUGGAACGUGUGGCGAAACAAGUGUUCAAGAGUAAAGGCUAUUUCCCAGUGCAUCCCACUACCUAUAAUUUCUAGAUAUUAAAUAUAUAGAACAGAUGUUAUUGUAACUAUAUUUAAUAGUACAGAAUAUAUUUUUUGUUGAAGAUUUGCGAUAGAGACGGACGUAAAA